AUGAAGGGCAUGGCUGAGAAAGCAGCGGCGUCAAUAAUUCGUGUCAGUGCCGCAGUGGCUGCCGGCAAGGAAUCGAUGAUGGCCGUGUACACUGAUGUGAAGAUGGUGCAUGACUUCAUGAAAGACCAGGACGUGGCCACGUUGACCAAUGACAUCUUGCCGUCCGAGAUGGUGUUGCUCGUCGAGAAGCAUAACACGCAGGUGCAGCCUUUGCAGGACACCAUCGCAGGUCUGAAGUCGUUGCGCGAUCACGAAGCACUCUUGCACUGCUUCAUUUCGCGGCUCUCGGACUUCAAGGGCGUGGUGGAUGCAGAAGCCGUGAAGGUUCUGGAGAACGCGCAUGAGCAGGCGCCCAAGAGCAUUGACUUCGCGGGCGCCAGCUUUUCCUUCAUGGCCUUGGAGCUCUUCUUGCGUGAUCGCAGCAAUGGGGGCAGCCUCAUCAAGGAUGUGAACGGCUUCCUGAAGUUUGCCACCGCGCAGCUCUACCUCCCCCGCAAAGAUCAGCCAGCUAAAGCUAGCAUGCUGCUGGACAAGUUGUUGAAGGCGCUAUGGGCCAUGACCAUCUCAUGA